AUGGGCAGGGCAAUCACAUCAAGCGGUAUUUCCAGAAGGCCGGCAAAUUGCGCUCAGCUCAGUGCAGGCAGUGUCCUUCGAAAAGGAUCUUUUGUGGUUUCAGGAACACAAAGUGACUCAUUCUGUCACCUAUAUAAGCUUCGAAUCUGUCAGGAUCUGAGCAUAUUCCAUCCGGCUUCUUUGAGACGCUCAGACAUCCUCACCAUGAAGCUCCUGUCACUGUUUCUGGUCGUGAUGGUGACCCUGUCUGGCCUGAUCGGCUGGGCCAGCGCUAUGCCUGAACCCGACCCAGAGGCUGACCCAGCUGGCUUUGGCAGGUUACAUGGCAGAGGCAGUGGUCAUGGCUUCCACAGGGGGCACGGUCAUGGAGUUGGAAGAGCUCAUGGCCAAGCCUUUGCCAGAGGUCACAGUCGUGGCUUCGGUGCUCAUGGCCAAGGCAUUUACGGAUAAUGAAAAGGACGCCACAUAUCUACCACUGCAAUCAACCCACAUAUAACCUAGAAUAGAUACAUUGGAUUGUUAUACUGUACCGUGGUGGAAUUCACCUCUUUGUUCCAGAAA